AUGACUUUGGCACAUGAGAAGAUAGGAAAUCAGGUGGCUCCUUCUCAGGAUAAUGUUCGUGAGACAGUGGAUGUUCAGCCAAUCGAGCAUAUACAGAAAAGUGAAACUACGACUUUCCUACAGCCAACUUUUGCCCCAAAGAUGAUGUCUUUAUCAAAAUUCCUUGAGCCAUUUGAUGAAUCUGCUCUUACAGAUGAAGAUGCUGCUAAAAAAUACAGUACAUAUAUCGCAGGCUUUUUAAAAGAACAACUUUCUGAUCAGUUUGAGCGUCACAAAAACAGUGCGUGGUUCCGCGAUAAGUAUCAUCCUGACCAUGUCGCAUCCAAAAAUAAGGACAAGGAUGCUAUCAUCGCGCGUUUUGAUGUGUUUAAGAAGAUGUACUACGACGGAUUCUUUGGAAAUAUUUCUUUGGAAUAUAAAGAGAGAGCUGCAAUCACCAAACUUUUGGAUCAGUUUGCGGUUUUAAUGGCGGGCGGAACAUCCGAUGAUCUAGCGGAGCUGGAGACGUUCGACCCGAAGUCGCUACUCGUUAGUAACGACGUCCGCGAAAAGAUGAAGUCAUCUGCGACGUCUUCGACUUCAGUCGUGCAAUCAGCAAACCAAACAACGAUGCUCUCCUCCUCUCUCGAAAAUCCACCUCAAGAAAAAUCAACCAAACGAGAACGGAAAUCGUCGGCGGGUCGUAGUGGAACGACGCGAACGGAAACGUCCGCGCACAGCUCCACGGACGAAGACGACGAUGGUAACAGCAGCGAUUCAAGCACAUCAAGCUCCAACUCCUCGACGUCUGCUUCCACGUCCACUUCAAGCUCUUCCAGUGUCUCCAGCCGCAGCUCCUCCUCAUCGGCGUCCACAUCCUCCUCGACUUCUUCUUCCUCCUCCCACCACACCUCUCGAGGCUCUAGCCACAAUGAAGAAGAUGAAAAGAUGUCGGGGAAGCAUAAACGGCGAAAAAAAAUCGACGCGAAGCCCUCAGCGGUAAAGGAUUCUGACCCAACGGAAGUGCAGUCGGCUGAGGCGGCUAACAAUGAGGGCGACGAUGCAAAAAUGGAGGUAGACGAAAAGAAGGAGGUGGAGGUGGAGGAGGAGACCUCCAGCGAACCUGUUAAACCUCCCAUCCACGCCACCAGGGUGGUCUUUCUGCCCUACUUCCCUCUCACAGUUCAUCGAGCCACAAUCGAAACGCUUCUAUCCGAGCACCCGGAUUUCUUGCGGUUCGUGUGCCUGGACCCCACUCCGAUACCCGCGCCGUCCACCGCCCUGAACGAUCCGCUUGCUCCGCUGGCGCUGCCGCGUGCAGCCACCUCCCUCGUUCUUCACAGACCCGCGUGGAUCACGUUCGCGGCCCUGCGACCACGCGGAGCUGACCGCGCGUCGUCUUCGCCGCCCCCUCCGCCGCCCCCUCCGCCGCCGCUGCCGCCUCCUGCUCCACUCGACUUUGUCCACCAAUUGGCAGAGCGCUUGCGUGAGGAGCAGGGCAGUCGCGAGGCCACCGACCUGGCCGCCUGUCUCUCCGCUGCUCGCCUUCUGCCCGGGCCUUUUUGUUUGGAACGCGUGCGCGCCUCUUCGCGGCUAGCAGCGACCUUGGCGGCAACUAGCAAGAACGCCGCGCUGAACCCGAUCUGCAGCAAGGCGGUUAUGCGCAGGCAUUUGGUAAUGGCAGCCAAACUCGUUGGACGUCUGGACGAAGUUUCGGGGUUGUGGAAGGCCCCAAAUAGUGCUGAGUCUCCCUCAGCUUCGGAUUGGUCAAUUCCAAGGCUACACGAAUUAGACCCGGAGGGAAAUUUGAUUGGCGCCUCGAGCGUUCUGACGGACCUCUCGGUUAGCACUGCAAAUCCGUUGCUAGAAAACCUCACCGAUCACCUCGUCGAUGAGAGCAAUCCAGACGAGGUUCUUCUCUACAGUGGUGGCGGCGGCGGUAGUCCCAAGGCGGCGUCGCCUCAGAAGCCCGUCGACGCGGAGGACUCGCAGCCCGCAGACGCGGAGUUGACGCGGGCGCUGGACACGCUGGUGCUGUACCUGCGUCUUGUUUACUCUGUCGACUUCUACGCCCCGGCGCUGUACCCCCGCGAGAGCGACAUGCCGCACCCCUGCGGCCUCCUCCACGUGCGUCCGUCGGGGGCGCCGUCAGCGCGCCUCCCCUCCCCACCGCGUCCAGUCUUCGCCAAACAACCAACCACCGCCUCCGCGCACAAGGUCUUCGCUCGCCAACUGUGUCGCAUCUUCCGACUGGUGACCCCGCUUGUCAGACAGGGGGAGGCGGAUGAGGCUGCGUCGUUGCCUCCGUCGGCGCCGCCGCCGCCGCAGUCGGUUGAGGGGGAACAGAACAACCAACAGCAGCAACCGCAGCAGCAGCAAGAGGCAGCCGAAGGUGCCCACACGAAGGACUCGGACACCAACGGCCGACGCCUCCGUCUUCUCGGUUAUCGCGACGUCGACGAUGUCGUCGAAGCCUUCAUAAAGGCCAACACUAAGCGCAAAAAGCGAAAAGUCGAUAUUAUUUGGGUAUGUCCGCUGUCCGACAAGAAGUUCCGUGGGCCUGCCUUCGUGAGGAAGCACAUUUUGAACAAGCACAUGGAGAAGGUUGAGGAAGCCAAAAAGGAGAAUGCCUAUUUUUUCAACAACUUUCUGCUCGAUCCAAUGCGGCCGGAGUUGAUGCGACCGCCGAAGCGUCGUCUUCCCGUGCGCAAGCCCUCAGUCGACGAGGAAGAAGAGGAUGAGGGCAGCGAGAGCGACGACGAGGUCCCACCGCGGAAUCGCCAGGCCGUGGGGGGUCUCGGUAGUCCCUUUGCGCCCUACGCACCACGCACUCGCUACUGGAACACUCGUGGUGGUGGCGGUGGCGGCUACUACAACCGAGGCGGCGUCAAUAGCAACCAACGACGCUACAAUCGACCGAAUUCCUGGGCUCCUAACGGCGGCGGACAGAGGCGCAACAGUUACUAUAGGCACGACGGGGACCGUGGGAACAGCUACUUUGACCUCGACGCUCCCUGA